CUUGAUUUCCGUAUUGCCUCCAUCCAAUCGUCGUGAGGCCGGUACCCUCUGAACUAUAAAUGAAAGAGAAAGUAAAACAAGAGAAUAUCUAGUAGCUUAUUUUUCUUCAGCAGCUAAAGAAUGCUCUUUUUUUCCCUGACCGUCUAAAAAGAGAUUUAUUAUAUAUAAUAUAUGUAAUAUAUACAGAUACUUUAAAGUGAAGUUCACCUGAGGUCACCAGGAGAGAGAAAACAAUGUCCACCGGUUCAAAGCCAGGUUUCGACCGACACAUCACCAUAUUCUCCCCGGAGGGACGCCUCUACCAAGUCGAGUAUGCCUUCAAAGCCAUCGCCCACAGUGGGUUGACGUCUGUGGGGAUCCGGGGGACAGACAGCGUUGUGGUCGUCACACAAAAGAAAAUACCUGACAAGCUGCUGGACUCUACCACCGUGACCAACAUGUUCAAACUGACCCCUCGCAUCGGCUGCGUGAUGACCGGACACGGCGGGGACAGUCGCUCCCAGGUCCACCGGGCACGAGCGGAGGCCGGGGAAUGGAAAUAUAAGUUUGGUUAUGACGUCACGGCCGACAUGUUGUGUCGCAGGUUGGCGGAAAUCUCCCAGGUCUACACGCAGAACGCCGAAAUGAGGCCUCUGGGCUGCUGUAUGAUCCUGGGGGCCAUAGACCCCCAGCAGGGCCCGGUCCUGUAUAAGUGUGACCCCGCCGGCUACUACUGCGGCUUCAGGGCCGUGGCGGCCGGGGCCAAACAGAUCGAGGCCAACAGCUACCUGGAGAAGAAACUGAAGAAGAAGCCAGAGCUGACCCACGACAGGGCCGUACAGAUGGCUAUAACGUGUCUGUCCUCCGUCCUGUCCUUGGACUUCAAGGCCAGUGAGCUGGAGAUCGGCGUGGUCACCAAGGAGAAACCUAAGUUCAGGAUGCUGUCGGAGGCCGAGGUUGAAGCCCACCUGGUGGCCAUAGCAGAGCGGGAGUAAAGGUGCCCUCCGGCACGCGACUCACGUGUUUCAUUGCUUCAUUGAGCCCAUUUUUAGUUGAAGGAUGCUUAAUCACGUUAUUAAAAGGUUGAUAUAUGUUUGACUUCUAGUCACUCGCCAGACAUUUCAAGUGGGCCUGUUUUAAAAACUAAAACACACACAAAAAAAGUUUAAAUUCCAGCGCAUGAAACCAUCUUUUUGUCAACAACACAUUGCAGCCGAAUACUCUGCAACGUGUCUCCAUGUUUUGAAAUACAAACGUUUCUGGGCUCCUAGUUAUUUCGUAUGAAUUUUUAACUGGUUUUCUUUGUGUACAAAAUAUUUGUUUUUUUUAACACCGGCCUUGUUGUCAAAAAUCAUUGUCAACCCCUUUAUUAACACACAAGUUAUAAUAAAAAUAGAACUGA